CCAGGGCCUGAGGGACAACGUGGACUUCCGGGUCUCCAGGGCCUUCCAGGAACACAAGGGCCUGAGGGCCCGCAAGGCCCACCUGGUCAUCCAGGACUUCCAGGGCAACCGGGGUAUACAGGAUCUUCAGGUUCAAGAGGAGAGCAAGGACCUGAGGGAAUCCCAGGUCCAAGAGGAUUUCCAGGUCAAGGUUUUGAAGGCCCACAAGGGCCAGAAGGACUAAGGGGACCAGAAGGGCCUCAAGGUCCACAAGGUUUUGAUGGUUUACCAGGACCAGAAGGUAUCCCUGGCAUGGCAGGAACACCAGGUAUACCAGGAAUAGAUGGACAGCAAGGCUUGCCGGGACCUCAGGGUGAACCAGGGUCAUCUGGACUUCCAGGAAUUCCUGGAUCAAAGGGAGACAAAGGAGACAGUGGGGAGCUUGGACUGCCUGGGGUUAGAGGAUUACCCGGUGAAAAGGGGGAUCAAGGCCCAACAGGGCCACCAGGGCAUGCUGGAGUCACAUGUUGUAAAGGUGAUAUGUCUCCUUUACCAUAUACACAAAUUCCUGGGCCUCCAGGAUCAAAGGGAGAGAAAGGAGAUGCAGGAGAGGGUUGUGGUGGCUGUAAUGAGAAAAAUGUAACACAAGUUGCUGGACCCCCAGGUCCUGUAGGGCCCCAAGGUCCACCAGGUGCUCCUGGACCUCCCGGUUCUCCAGGAUCAAGUUUUGACUCUGAAACAAACCUCCCACCAAUGUACCAACAGAAUGGCAGAUCUCAAGUGUAUGGAUCUCUGGUCUAUUCUGGUCUUCCUGGAAGUCCUGGGCUGCCUGGGCCACCUGGUCCUCCUGGCCCCCCAGGAGUAGUGUAUGUCAAUAGAGUGUUCCCUGUCCCCUCUCGGCCACACUGCAAGCAGACGGCCCCUAAAGAAGAACACAAAGACACAGACUCUGGUCCAGAUGAAAGGAAUCAUUAUUCGAAGGUGCAAAGUUGGGUGUUUGAAACCAAAGACGAGAUGUUUCAGACAUGGGAAGAGGUUGCAGAGGGCAGCUUUGUAUAUGUGAAGGAGCCGAGUAGUGCAUUCUUCAGGACCAAUGUUGGGUGGAGUAAAAUUGUGCUGGAGCAGUCUGACCCCAUUUUCUCAGCUGAUGAUCCCUCCGUGCCAGAGGAAUUAACAGAUGGAGACUAUGAAGACCUUGGUGACAAUAUGUCUGUGCUGCCCAGUAUCAGCCCAAGAAUUCCCUCACUCCGUCUGAUAGCUCUAAAUGUUCCUCUCUCUGGUGAUAUGAACGGUAUCCGAGGAGCUGACCUACAAUGUCAUCGCCAGGCCCAGGAAAUGUUCCUCUAUGGGACAUUCAGAGCCCUGCUCUCCUCCUCCAGCCAAUCACUGUCCUCCAUAGUGAAGAAGACUGAUAGAGGGCUCCCUAUAGUGAACAUAAAAGGCGAAUUGCUUGUUAGGAACUGGAAUUCCCUCUUGGAUAAUAAACUCUCACUUCACAGAUCUAGCGUCUCAAUUUACUCUUUCAAUGGAAGGAAUAUUCUCAAAGACCCUCUCUGGCCCCAGAAAGCAUUUUGGCAUGGUUCUAGCCAAAGGGGAACCUCUAUUCGAAGCAGGAACUGCAAGGAAUGGAGAAGUGAUGUGAAUGCAGAAGGCCUAGCAUCACCAUUUACAAAGCACUGGCUUCAGGAAAAUGACUCCUUCAGCUGUGUCCAGAAACUAGCCAUCCUGUGCAUUGAAAUAGCCUUCCCUUAUUACUAUAUGUGGUGAUCACAUAUUCCGCAGGAAGUUAGUAGAAAACAUAUCAUUUCCAGAAUCAAUGUUACUACCAAGAAUCCCAGUUCCUGGCUGUCAAAGUCAAUAUUUCAUGGGUGCUAAGAGUUAUAACAACAGAUACACGAAAGAUUGAUGAAUUCAGAUGCAUUAUGAAUGUCUAUUAGUACUUGGGGUGUAGUUGUUAAUAUAUUUCUGUGAGGUUAUUGAAAUGGUCCGAUAAAGGUAAUUCCCAAAGCUACAAAAUUUCAGCUCCACCAUGAAAUACAUAUAUUUUUACAUCUGUUUUGAGCUAUUGCAGCCAUUUACAGUAUAUGAGCAUGUGUAUGGCUUACAGUAUAAAAAUGACUUUUAAUGUGGGGUUACACAAUUUUGCUGUUUAUUAUAACUUGUUGUAUCAGAUUGAUCCUAGCUCCCUGCAGUCUAGGGCCAGGAAUAUGUUUCAUAUUGUAGCCACAUGAAAAGAUGGGAAUGGGUAUUGCUGGAUAAAUAAUCUUCGAGGGGUGGAGGGAGUGUUCCUAGUUAGUGGGUGAUUUAAGAGCAAAAGUUUUACACACCCGCGAUGACUGCAGACAUUAGGCAUUUACCAGUAUAUCUAACCUUUCCCCAUCAACUAGGUACAAUAUUCUACCAAUGCAAUUAAAAAUAUCAAAACGUAAUAGCAGGUUACAUAAAAUAUCUCUUCACAUUUAUGGGUUUAUUAAGAAACGCUGAGGCUCCAAAACUAUUUUAGGAGGAACAAAAGGGAAAGUUGUAGUUAACUAAGGCAGUGGUCUUGAAUGAAAUGGUUGAUGUGACGUAUAAUCAUAAGUCUCACUAACAACACACAAACUCUUUACACUUCCCAAAAGUGUUCAUGCAGCCAAGCAUGCACAAUGCAGUCACAUAGAUGUAUUUUUACAAAAUGGUGAUUCAUGUCUGCAUAUUUUGCUGGUAUUUUAUGACUCUUUAUCCUGAAUGUAAUAGCCUGCAAUUUAUAUAUGCUAGCACAAUUUCUGCACUAUUGCUGCUUAUUAUUCAUUAGCUGUGUGUUGACUUACCUUUACUGCUUUAUUUUGUGAAAUGUGAGAUUCCUUGACAUCAUUGUCUGUUUUGAUUAGGCUUGGGUUAAACUGUGGACAUUGAUCUCCACACAUUUUAUGCAAUACCCCUACUUCUUCUAACACUAUCUGACUAGAGCGAUUUAUCGAAACCACUAUAUGGCUCUUUAUAUGUAUUCUAUUAACUUCAAUUACUUAUGAAGAUUGUGACUACUGCAUAAGAUGUCUUUGAAUCGAAUCAUCCAGUCUCUCUUGUAUACUCAUGUUUCUAUUUGUAUUU